AGGCCCCGCCAGCCCGACCCAGGCAGGCGGCAGCCACCGUCCAUCGUAAAAUUUCAGCUGAGGAAAAAUGGAGAGAGAGAAAGAACAAUGAGUCAAAGAAGACUAUAAUUGAGCUCUGCUAAUUGUCCCUUCCCCUGUAUCUUAGUACCAAUCGAAAUUCCGUUCGUAAUCAGAAAUCUGCCAUAAUCGCCUCCAUUUCUUGUUUCCUGGUUCAGAAUCUGAUAGGAAUCAUCGAUGUCUCUCUCCAUGAAAGUGGACGUUCCAGGAACCCUCGUUGGCUCGGAGAUUCAUGGUUUCCAUACAUUGCAAGAUUUGGACGUUAAAAACAUCAGAGAGGAAGCAAGUGCAAGAUGGCUACGCCCAAAUGAAAUCCUUGCAAUACUAUGUAACUACAAAUAUUUCAUCAUCCAUGUCAAGCCAGUGAACUUGCCCAAAAGUGGAACCAUUGUACUGUUUGACCGCAAGAUGCUUAGGAAUUUCCGCAAAGAUGGGCAUAAUUGGAAGAAAAAGAAGGAUGGGAAGACAGUAAAAGAAGCACAUGAACACCUCAAAGUUGGUAAUGUAGAAAGGAUACAUGUAUACUAUGCCCAUGGCCUUGAUAAUCCAACCUUUGUCCGUCGGUGUUAUUGGCUCCUUGAUAAGAGUCUCGAACACAUUGUCCUCGUUCAUUACCGUGAAACACAAGAGUUGCAGAGUUCUCCAUCCACAUCUAUGAAUUCAAAUUCUGGUUCUGUCUCUAACCCGUCUAGUCCUUGGCUUUUAUCAGAAGAACUUGACUCCAGGGCUAAUCAUGUUUGUUCUGUUGGUAAAACUGAACUGUCAGAGCCUAGUGACACUGCAACAGUCAUGACUCACGAACAACGGCUUCAUGAGAUCAAUACACUUGAGUGGGAUGAACUUCUUGUGACAAACGAGCCUUUCAACCCUGUUAUACCUAAAGGAGAAAGACUUUCAUGCUUUGACCAACAGAAUGAAGUCCCAAUAAAUGUGGCCAUCAAUUUAUUUGGGGACAUGUCUUCACUUAAUAAUCCAGUUGAGUCAGUUGGUAGUACCAACAGCAAUAUCAGUUUUUCGGGGAGUACCAAUAUGUCAUUAACGGGUGGUCAAACGAAUUUGAAUGUGAAGAGUAAGGGAUCUGUUCCAGUAAACUCUGUUAAUACAUAUGGCAAUUUGUUAAAUGAUGGAUUGCAAAGUCAGGACAGCUUUGGACGAUGGAUAAAUGAAGUCAUCACUGAAUCUUCUGGUUCAGUCAUUGAUCCUGCUGUUGAGCCUCCCAUUUCACCCAUGUACAAUUCCUAUACUGAUCUGGCAUUAGAUCAUCAUCAAUCUUCUGUUAUGGAGCAAAUUUUUAACAUAACUGAUGUCUCGCCUGCGUGGGCCUUUUCUACAGAAAAAACAAAGAUUCUAAUCACUGGAUUUUUUCACAAUGAGUACGUACAUCUGGCAAAGUCCAAUAUAUUGGUCGUGUGUGGUGAUACUAGUGUUAAUGUUGAUUUUGUUCAACCUGGAGUUUAUCGCUGUCUGGUACAGCCGCAUUCACCAGGACUAGUACAUUUCUUCGUGAGCUUAGAUGGCCACAAGCCUAUUAGUCAAGUUCUGAAUUUUGAGUAUCGUGCACCACAUUUACAAGAGCUUGUAGUUGCUUCAGAACAGAGCUACAAGUGGGAGGAGUUUCAAGUUCAGAUGCGACUUGCUCAUCUGUUGUUUUCUACGUCCAAAAGCCUGAGCAUCAUGUCGACUAAAUUGACACCCAUUGCCCUGAAUGAGGCCCAAAAAUUUGCCGUCAAAACUUCUGACAUUUCUGAUAGUUGGAUUUAUUUGUUGAAGUCAGUCAAAGAAAAUAAAACUCAAUUUCCACAAGCAAGAGAUGGUGUUCUUGAGAUCAUUUUGAGAAGCAGGUUAAGGGAAUGGUUGAUAGAAAGAAUCGCUGAAGGCUCAAAGAAAAGCACUGAGUUUGAUGUUAAAGGUCAAGGAGUAUUCCACUUGUGUGCCAUAUUGGGAUAUACCUGGGCUGUACACCUAUUUGUCUGGUCUGGUUUAUCAAUAGAUUUUCGAGAUAAAUCUGGAUGGACAGCUCUUCACUGGGCAGCUUAUUAUGGGAGGGAGAAAAUGGUAGCUGUUCUUUUAUCAGUGGGGGCUAAGCCAAACUUGGUCACUGAUCCCACAUCGAAAAACCCUGGGGGUUGCACCGCUGCAGAUCUUGCAUCUAUGAAUGGUUAUGAUGGCUUAGCUGCUUAUCUUUCAGAGAAGGCUUUGAUAUCACAUUUUAACGAGAUGAGCUUGGCCGGAAAUGUUAGUGGUUCGUUGGAAAUUAGUACAACAACCGAUACAAUUAAUCCUGAUAGCAUCAGUGAGGAGCAGAUGUAUAUAAAAGAUACAUUAGCAGCUUACCGAACAGCAGCUGAUGCGGCAGCACGCAUACAAGCUGCAUUCCGUGAGCAUUCUUUAAAGCUAAGGACUAGAGCAGUUGAAUUCUCUACCCCUGAAGAUGAAGCACGUGGUAUUAUUGCAGCCAUGAAAAUCCAACAUGCCUACCGCAACUUUGAGACACGAAAAAGGAUGGCAGCUGCUGCUCGUAUUCAGUACAGAUUUCGCACGUGGAAGAUCCGCAAAGAGUUCCUACAUAUGCGUCGUCAAGCUAUUAGGAUUCAAGCUGCAUUUAGAGGCUUCCAAGUGCGGAGGCAGUAUUGCAAGAUUGUUUGGUCAGUAGGAGUACUCGAGAAAGCUAUACUGCGCUGGCGUCUUAAGAGAAAAGGUUUUCGUGGGCUUCAGGUUGCACCCACUGAAGUGGCAGAACAGCAGGAAAGUGACGCAGUAGAGAACUUCUACCAUGUUAGUCAAAAACAAGCAGAAGAGCGAGUUGAGAGAGCUGUUGUGCGGGUUCAGGCCUUGUUUCGAUCGAAGAAAGCACAAGAAGAGUAUCGUAGGAUGAAGUUAACCUACGAUGAAGCAGCGCUGGAAUAUGAAGUACUUACACAUCCUGAUACGAGAGCAUAAGUUUGUGAAGAUUCGUAUGAUUGUGGUAGUUAUUCUAAGAAUGGUUAAAGAUACGAGUUUCCUUAGCUCAGGCCAACAUGAAGAGGCCGAUACCGAUACUCGACUCGAGUUCUGGAGAUUGGCUCUACUGAGGCAAUGAGUUUAGAGAGUAAUGAACUUUCUGGGUUGGGGUAAGAAUUAAUGCCCCUUUGUGUCAAACUCAAAGCAAAUGCUUUUCUUGUAGCCUGUAAAUGCUGUAAGUAUAUGAAUAGGUCAGUUUGUUUUGUAAUACUCAUUCACCAUUCUGAACUGUUUCAAAGAAUCUGGUGGACGUUCUACUGUCCACAAAAUUAGUAGAAAUUAGAAUAUGAAAUUUUCAUGUUUUAAAGGA